UUUCUUUUUUUCACCAUUUCUCAUUUAGUCUCUGGUUCCUACUCGUGAAUACAUCUUUCUAUCUUUUCUUUCUUUUUUUCUAUUCAAAUAUUGCAAACUAAAUGUUUCACGUUGGUAAAUAGUAUUCGGCAUUUUGCUGUUUUUUAAGAGCUUCUUCAAAUUAUCAGUAUUUAUCAAUGAAUUAUAUCAACACUCAUUUUCUGUGGAUAACAUUUGCAACAAUAUCAACAUUACAAACCAACAAUCAUUUCAAAUCACUGCCUAAAUUGUGAAUAUCAUCAAGAGAAGAAAAAAGUUGAAGAAAAUAAUUCAUUUCAUUUUUUUAUAUAUUAUCGUGUCAAUCUCAACUCCCAGCAACAUUGAAGUUAUCAACGGAAAAAAAGUUAUCGAUUAUUGGUUGUACAUUACCUUUUCAACUUUCGCCAUAUCAACGAGAAUCUGAUUUACUCUUUUUCCUCAAUCUCUUUUGUUUACACUUUUAUUUUCAAAUGAAUUUUUCUAUUCUCAUGAUAAUUUUAAAUUAAAGUGCACAAAAUUUUUUGCUCUUCUUCUCAAUUUCAAGUGAUUUUCCUCUAUGAAUAGUGUAAAAAGUUUUUCGACUUCAAUAUGAUUGGAUCAUCUGGACGUUUAGACGGUGAACCUGACUCGAGUCGUGUCUAUUAUGGUUCAUUUCGUCGACGUGAAUCGGCUCCACCGGCCUCAGUUUCAAAUACACUAAUGAAUCGACCAAGAGGUCACCAUCAUCCUCACCAUGGAGGUUCCCUCAUUUCCAAUGCUGGUAAAUACACUUCGAUUCCACAUCAUGGUCGAACCGGUAUCACACCGAUGAACCAAGAUGAUCGCGGCUCCUCGUCUGACAAUGAUUCAGAUGAUGGAUCAAUAACAACCGACUCGGAAAAGGAUUUAAAUGCUCUCCACUCGGGUCGAACUCUUCAAGGUUCAAGUCUAAUAGAUCCAAGGCCAAGGUCAACAGGUUCUUAUAAACGAGUGCUACGAAUAUAUGGUUUAUCGGGUCAACCAGGGAAUGAGGGAAACAAUAAAAUGGUAACUUCUACUUUGGGUGGACAACCCAAAAGUCAUUUACAUGAAGAUGAUGUUUCAACGACUCUUGGUCGACUGGGUCGAUCAAUGGACGAUCAUCAUCGAGGUUUACCUGCAAGUGGUUCAGGAGGAAGUUCAGUACCAGAGGCACCACCUCCUUACCAUCAAAUUACCAAUCUAUAUGGAUCUCAGCGAAUCUCUGGUGGACAAAAUAAUUUAAAUGUAAAUUCAUCUUCUUCGGCUCACUCACCGGGCAAUAUUUAUCAAGAACUGGCUGCUCAAAACUCAACAACCGGUCCAUUGGUUCCCCUUCCCAAUCAUGUCCAUCCGUCUCAACACUUAGAGUCUAGUGAUGCUCCACCUCAGGUACUUCGGCCAAACCAUGGAACAAACUCUAUCUUUUCCUCUGCUGGACAUCACGGUUAUCCAGGUCAAGAGCAACACUCUUCUGCAGCCUCUUCAGCCCUUGCAGCACUCAGAGUUUCCCGGUUCAAUCUCAACUGGAGUAAAGGUUGUUCCUCAUCAGAAAGACAACCCUGUUUGUGGCGCAUGGCUACACUACUAUUAGUCCUUUUAUGCCUUACCUUGCUCUCGAUAGUUGCUUAUAAACAAGCAUCGACAGAAUCAUCAACCUUUAAUCCAGACGAUGGUAAACCUUGCAUAGUUGUUGAAGAAUCUUCGAAUCAGGAUAAAUUAUCUUCUCUAGCAACUUCAUCUUCUGGUAAUGAGGGUCGACAAUCGGUUCACAACUAUGAUCCACUGGGAAUUGGACGUUCAACGAGUAACAAUCAACGAUCAUCAACUGUUAACAAAUCAAUUUCAUCGACUUCCAUUUCAUCUGCUUCACCCUCAACCUCAUCCUUAAACUCCAACAAUAGUAAUAAAAAUAAACCCUCCAAAUCAGUCAAAGGAAAUGAUGACCGGCUCUCAAGUGAAUCAAGUUCCGAUUAUUCAUCUUCCUCGUCUCGUCAACCCGGAGCUUUGCCAUUGACAUUUGUUAAUCUUCCCCAAGAAAUGUCACUUUACACUGAAAUUAAAUUGGUUAAUAAGUUUACUUUGAUUACUCAACGAAUGGCUCCACACUCAACCUGGACUUCACUCAUUCACCACAAUAAAGCCACUUUUGUACGCUUCUUGUUCCUCAGUCUUCCCAUCUGGUCACGGUUUGCUCUCUUUGUCCGUCGCACUGAACCACCCACACUGACCAGGUAUGAUUACAUGGAGAUUAUCAGUCCAAAAGCGGUUCAUGUGAAAAACAAGCGAACCUCUGAUCGACCAAUGGGUAAAAACGAGUUAUCCUCUGAAGUGUUGGAGUUUCUUGAGCCGGGCACUUGGUACAUUACUUUGGUCAAUGAUGCCGAUGAAGGAAUUGCAUUAGAUUUAAAUGUUUCUUCAGCCGAUGAUAUACCAACUUCAUGUCCAAACAACUGCAAUGGCCAUGGAAAAUGUCACCAAGGAAAGUGCCUUUGUUUCCCUGGAUUCAUUGGCCAUGAUUGCGUAGACAGUGUUUGUCCAAUUUUAUGUAGUGGUCAUGGUCGUUUCCUUGGUGGUCGAUGUCACUGUGAAAUUGGCUGGAAAGGAUCCGAGUGCAACAUUCGUUCAUCUGAUUGUGAAGUUUCCGAUUGUAAUGGUCAUGGUCGGUGUAAUAAUGGUGUUUGCCAUUGUCUGCCUGGAUUCAAGGGUGAAAACUGUGAGACUGCCGACUGUCUGGAUCCUAGUUGCUCCUCUCAUGGUGCUUGCAUCGAUGGUACUUGUUGGUGUAAAAUGGGCUGGAAAGGAGUCAACUGUUCCCAAAUAGAUCAUCGGUUAAACAAGUUUUUCCCUCACUGCAACACACGCGGUGUCUACGAUUUGGAUCUUGAAAAGUGUGCCUGUUUCCCUGGUUGGCUGGGUGAUGACUGUUCAAUAGCCAAAUGUGACCUAGACUGUGGCUCUCAUGGCAUCUGUGAAGGAGGCUCAUGUGUAUGUGAUCCAGGCUGGGAAGGUGCCAACUGUGAGCGGCUCUCUUGUGACCCAAGAUGCCUUGAGCAUGGUCAAUGUUCCAAUGGAACGUGUGUCUGUGUCGAAGGCUGGAUGGGUAAACAUUGUACCUUCAAUGGAUGUGCCAAUGGAUGUUCCAACCAUGGUCUAUGUGCCAAAGACACUGAUAUGGACCGUGAAUUGACUUGGCGAUGCAUUUGUCGUGAAGGUUGGACAGGCAAGGAUUGUUCACACCCUUUGGAAACUAAUUGUGCCGAUGAUGUUGACAAUGAUCAUGAUGGACUGAUUGACUGUGCCGAUUCCGAGUGUUGCUCUACCGAAGAGUGUAAAGAUUCCCUCAUGUGCCUCCGUUCACCUGACCCAUUGGACAUUUUACUACGAAAAUCGCCUCCUUCAGUGACUGCCUCGUUUUAUCAGAAAAUGAAAUUUCUAAUUGAAGAAGGUUCCGUUCAAAGUUAUGCUCAUCGUGACGAUUACUCUGAAAGUCAAUUUUGGAGUGCUUUUGAACAAAGUCGAGUUUCAGUAAUCAGAGGACAAGUAAUUACUCCUGAUGGCAAUGGACUUACAGGGAUAAGAAUCUCGGUGGCAACUGAUCCACAGUUUGGGUUCACUUUGACACGACCUGAUGGAUGGUUUGAUAUUCUAGUCAAUGGUGGCAACAUGGUAACACUUCAAUUCCAACGAAGCCCAUUCCAUCCAAUCAAACGAACAAUCAUGGUUCCCUGGAAUGAGAUUAUUGUCAUUCAAAAUUCAAUUGUCAUGUCUGCCAAUUCAGAAGAUUCCUAUUCAACGGAUCCUUCACUAACCGAUUUAACCUCAUUUGGUUCCUCUUUUGAGUUGACAGAAACAUUGGCAUCAACUGGCAAUCAAACCAAGUCUCUUCAAUGCUGGGAUCACAAUUACAAUCUAAUGAAACCAAUACUCUUUCAAACCCUUAAACCAGACGCUGAAGGUGGCUGCACCGAAUCUUCAGCUGUUAUCGCCGAAUCUCAAGUUUUACUUGAAACCCUAUCCAUUCCUGGGUCAACAUUGAAACUAGUUUACCAAUCAUCUUCCAGUCCCGGCUAUUUGGCAACAAUAAACUUGCAAUUAACUCCAGACUCAAUACCUCGAAGCCUUAAAGUUGUUCAUUUACGUAUUGUUUUGGAAGGAAACCUUUUCUCUCGUCUAUUUGAUGCUGAAUCUUCAAUUAAAUACACCUUUUCAUGGAACAAGCGAAACGUUUACAGACAAAAGGUUUACGGUCUAACAACAGCAAGAGUUUACGUUGGCUAUCAAUAUGAAUCUUGUUCACAAGUAAUUUGGAGCACUUUGACAACAUCAAUUCGAGGUUUCGACAUGGAAAUAUCUGAACUGGCCUCUUGGAAUCUAGACAUUCACCACAGGUACAACUACCAUGAAGGAGUGUUGCAAAAGGGCGAUGGUUCGGCAAUAUUUUUCAAACAGCAAACUCGAGUAGCAUCAACACUGAUUGGAACUCGAGGUGAUUCCCGACCAUUGGUGUGCAAAGCAAGAGACUGUGAGGGCCAGGCAAAGACAAACAAACUCUUGUCUCCCAUAACGCUAACCUCGGGACCCGAUGGAUCAGUCUAUGUGGGUGAUGCCAAUCUGGUUAGACGAAUCAAGCCAGACGGUUAUGUUUACACCAUCUUUAAGCAUUCCGACAAGGGGGCAAACUUGAGGGGCUCAAUGAGCAACAAUCCGACAACUUACAACUAUCACAUUCACCUUUCCUCGUACGAUGGUCAUUUGUACAUUUCCGAUCCGGAGCGACACCAGAUUCUUCGUGUUCACACGGUUGACCGAGUCGAUGAUCCAGAGUCAAAUUAUGAUGUUUUUGUUGGAUCUGGUUCUCGGUGUUUACCUCGUGAUACAAGCAACUGUGGUGACGGUGGCUCGGCUCUUGAGGCUUCCCUUGUCUUCCCAAAGGGAAUGGCUUUUGGGUUGGAUGGCAGUCUUUACUUUGCUGAUGGUUCGGUUAUACGAGUCGUCAAUUGGAAGGGAAUCAUUUCCACAAUCAUUGGUGACAAUCAUUAUCACCGUAAACGCCAAUGGAAACCCAUUCCGUGUGGUGGCAGUUUACCGGCUGAUGAGGUUAAACUUCGUUGGCCCACUGAAAUUGCCAUCCAUCCAAUUGAUGGGUCACUCUAUUUUCUUGAUGAUCAAAUGGUUUUCCGGUUAACUCCUGAUCGAAGAGUUUUGGUUGUUGUUGGAAGUCCUUCCUAUUGUGAUAAACCUUUUCCAGCCUCUUCAACCGCUUCAACCGGAGACAGUGUCAUUUUAACCUUUAGCUUUAGUUCAACGGGUGACCUUUUUGUUGCCUCCAUUGGUAAGGAUGGGUCAAAUACGGUAAAUUUAAUCAACAAGAAUGGUGAUUAUGUUCACUUUAUGGGUCUUGACAAGUCAACGAGAAACUUUGCCUUUUCGGGUUUACUUGAUUUAACUCAUUCAAGUGGAUCAACUUUCUGUGAAAUUGAAACCUGCAAAGACCUUGCAGCUCACAACUGUACCUGUGCAAUACCAGCUUCACUUUCAACCAGUUCUCAGUCAACAACUCACACUUCAUCAUCUCAGCCUCGAAUUGCUCUUGCUCGUGAUACUCCUUUGGUUUCUAUAACGGCCAUUACCAUUACAAGUGAUGGUGUUGUCCAUGUUGCUGAUGAAGGAACAUAUCAGAUUAUCUCGGCUAUUCCCUAUAUUCCUGGUCCAGAUGAGUCUCUUCAGUUUACCAUUGCUUCACCUGAAACUAAUGAAAUUUACAUUUUUAAUAAAUACGGACAACAUAUUAGCACUCGUAAUGCUUUAACAGGACAAUCUUUACAUACCUUUUUGUACGAUGUAAACACUUCUUUUGGUAAAUUGACUGCUGUCACUGAUUCGUCUGGUUCCAAGGUUUCCUUUUUAAGAGACUCCAUUAAUAGUUUACACUCUAUUGAGACUGCGAUUGGACAAAAGUGUCGCAUCACUGUCAAUAAUCAAGGACUUUUAGAGACAUUCAAUGACCCUGAUAAUUUAACGUUGAGAUUUACUUAUGACUCGGCUACUGGUCUGUUGGUUUCCCGGUCUGAUUCAGCUGGUUACUGUUAUUUUUACCAAUAUUCAUCUUCUGGACGUCUCAAUGGUCUAGUUAAGCCUUCUGGAUCAUUAACAUCCAUCUCGUUUGACUUUAACCACGAUGGUUCCUAUUUAAAGGCACGAACCAGUCCACUAAACCUAGAUUCAACUAGUCGGUCGGUUCGAGACAAUCUUAUUGUUCAAAUUAUUGGUGACUCUGCUUUGGUAUUACAUUCAGGAAAUCAGUUUAAAGUAACCUUACAUGAGGAUAAAUCAAUUGCAUUGAUUACCCCUUGGCGUCAGGGUAUAUUUUGGGAAGCCUCACCACACAAGGUUUUGCUUCAAACAGUACCAGUUCAAGCAGGAAUGUUUCCUGUUUUGAAUCGACAGGUCAAUUUUGCUCUUAGAUCACCUUCUCCUUCAUCACCACAGUCAACAUCACCAUUUGAUCUUUUCCCGUCCAGCAUAAUACCAUCGAGUCUUGCCUCAAUUAGCUGGGAUUUCAAUGUCAAAGGCACAGGUCGAAAUGGAUCAAACGGUAUGCCUGGAUUAGCUUAUCCAUCUGCUUCAUCCGUUGGCUCAACAGCCACUUCUGCUGGUGCUUCAACACAAGCAGCAAGCUCAGCUGCUAUGAAUGGACCUGGUUCGGGCGUGAUUUUAGGAUCAAACAUUUUGGCUGUUGAACGUGUUCUUUACAUCAAUGAAACUCGUUAUCUAUCACUAGAAUAUGAUAGAAAUGCCAAUCGAGAAAUAUUGUACAAUAAUUCACGUCGUCCUUUCCUUGUUGUUCAAUAUGACAACUCUUCUCGUCCUAUACAAUGGUUACCCACCGAGACUCGACUUCCAUUGAAUGUCAUCUAUGACAGGUACGGGCGUCUAGCAGGUUGGCAACAAGGCUCUUUGGUAUCGGAAACUUUCCUUUAUGAUCGUAACGGUCUUCUUUCCGAGGUUCGAUAUCCUGACUCAACCUCAACCAAGUAUGGCUAUGAUGAUUCUGGUCGAUCACAACCUGUCCGGGUAACUUUGAGAAGUGGUAAACAAUAUCACUAUCAUUAUGAUGAAAGAAGUGGACUUAAACGCAUUGUAACACCAAGAAGAAACGAACAUCGAACAAAUUUAAUUAUUUCACUUGGAUUUUACAAGUUACAAUAUUUCCCACCAGGCUAUUCUCGUAACUCUGCUUACACACUUUAUUUUGAUGACAACUUGAAACCGUUGAUGGAAAUAUCUCCUGAUGAUUCAUCCAGAGUAGUUUACAUUUACAAUGAAAGAUCCAAGUUGAGUGAAAUUGUUUAUGGUGGAGGUAAAGUAACUAAAACUUAUGCCAGUUCAUGGAAACCAUCGUCAUCCUCCAAGCAAAAUCCACAUCGUGCUGCUUCUUCAACUGAAGGAUCUUCCACUUCUUCUGGUGAUGGCUUACUGACUAGUGAAACUUGGUCUGAGGGUUCUAAUGAGGUUACACUGCAAUAUGGUUAUGUAAACUCAUUGAUUACCAGAAUAUCAUUACGAGUGACUUCAGUUUACUCGCACUUGUCCAACUUUGAGUAUACAUAUGAGUAUGAUGAAUUUGGUCGGAAAAAAUCAAUUGGAGCUCGUAUCAUAUCUUCAUCAGCUUCACCUUCAGUUUCAUUGCCGGCACAUGAAACUCUUUACAAUCCACGAACUGGUAGACUUGAAGUAAUUGGACAUUUUCGAGUUCAUGAUCACCAUGACUAUCAACAUCACCAAAACGAGUCUCUUGUUACUGAUGGAGUGGCUACUUUUUCCAAAAUUUACGAUUCUUCAACUCACCAGCUUCGACAGUUGUCUCUUACCGUUAAAGAAAAAGAGGUUUACCGAAUGGACUUAUUGUACAAUCCUAAUGGUGCCAUAAUUACAACGAAAACAUUUAUGCGUCAUUUGGGAGCCUCAAAGGUUCGUGUAUCCAACUAUACAUAUGAUUAUGAUGAACAGCUGAUUGAGGUUUCUGGUCGAGAUCAAUGGAAGUUUACAUACGAUGACAAUGGUAACUUAGUGACACUUCAGUAUAUGGGAAAUAGGAUCGACAUUGCUUAUGAUGCUGGUGAUCGAGUCGUUAGAUUUGGUGACACUCCAUAUACCACAGAUGGUCGAGGUUAUUUCAUUACCAAGGGAGAAGAACGUCUCAUUUACAAUACAGCAGGACUGUUGCUACGAGCUUAUCGACCUGGACGCUAUGAUAUAAGAUAUUUAUAUGAUCCAAGAGGCCGAUUAACUAUUCGAAAGGACAAUUUUGGUAAUCUUACUCAAUACUUUUAUGGUGACAUAGAGCGACCCUACUUGGUUACCCAUAUGUUCAACAAUGCAGAUGGAACUAUAACUUCAAUGAUUUAUGAUGACACAGGAAUGCCUUUAUCGGUUCAAAUCAAUCACCAAACAUUCUACAUUACCUGUGAUCAAGUUGGUUCUCCUUUACUAGUCUUCGAUCAUCGUGGAGACGUGAUCAAAGAGAUUCAUCGCGGUCCUUAUGGCCAUGUUUUGUUUGAUUCCAAUCCAACCUUUUACCUUCCAAUUGGUUUCCAUGGUGGACUCUCUGAUCCGGUCACUGGUAUACUUCAUUUCCAUGGUCAUUACAUUUAUGAUUCAUUAAUUGGUCAAUGGCUAACACCUCAUUGGUCUGGAGUUUUGUCCAAUUUAAAAAAUCCAUUGGCUCUCAACUUGUACCGUUUCUCACAAAAUGAUCCUGUUAAUCCUGAACCUGGUAUGGCUGAGGGACGAUCAACCAAGUUAAACCUUAACCGUUGGAUUCAACAUCAAGGAAUAGAUUUGACUGGCUUUGAUAUCGGUGGUCAAAGGCUAAUUAAUCGAGGCUCAUCAUUAGCUUUCCAGGGUAACCAAGGUUCGACAAUCAGAUCGACACUUGCCUUAGGUUCACUUUCUUCUGCUUAUGGCUCAUACUCAACUGGAGAAAGUGCUGUUCCUUCACCAACCGCAGCGACUUCACCUUACCUUCACUAUAACACCUUUGAUGCUUUCGUUCAUAUACCCAGUGUUAUUGUCUCAUCACUAGUUUUACCAACAAUGCCCAUUCUUUCAGCCUUUUGGUGUGCAGUACAGCGAAAUACUCGCAAUUUUGCUGUCUCUUCAUUCAUUCGUCGAUCUAAGGUUAAAUCAGAGGAGUUACUGGAAAAUAGUCGGAUAACAAAAAUUGCUACUGAAAGUCGACCAUUUGGUUAUGGAAUAACUCUGUCCUCUAUUGAUGGAAAAGUAAUGAUAAUGUCUUCUCCUGAUGCUGACCCCAUUCGUCGUGAUGUUUUCACCAAAGUUUUCAACAACUCACAUUUAUUGGACAUUCAUCUGAUAUUCAAAGGUUCAGAUGCAUUCUAUUUUGUAAAGCCUAAUCUCUGGAAAGCACGAGAAGAUCAAAUUCAGCUUCAACGCUUGGGCAAUUCAAUAAAUGUAACUACAAAUGACUCGAUUAAAGAUCAUGAUGGUGAUUCAAAGGCUGGUCACAAAAAUCAUCAGGCUGAUAUAAGAAUCCAUGUAAAAGGAGCGAUACUUAAUAUCCGUUAUGGAACUACAGUUGAAAGGGAACGAAAUCGUGUUUUAAGACAUGCUAAGAAACACGCCGUCAAUGAAAGAUGGUCCAAGGAAGCUGAUUUAACAAGGAACAAUAGAUUGAUUGAAGGUGAUUCAGUUUCUCCACUUCAUCAUUCCUGGAACGACACAGAAAAGGAGUUACUUUUGAGUACUGGUUCAGUGGCUGGUUACAGAGGGGAAUAUUAUCAUCCAAUCAAUAAAUAUCCACAGCUUGCUGAUGACCCGAGCAACAUUUACUUCACUAAUCGACCAAACAAGGUUUAAUUUGAACCUGGAAAGGGCAAUGGAGUAGAUGAAAUCAAUGAUAAUCAAUUGGAAUUGGAAUCCAUCCAGUGAAAUAAUUUAUAAAUCUCAAGUGAGACUUUCGUCAAAGAUUCAAGAUAAUCAUUCAGAUGUGUACCAGUUAAAAUGUCCCGAUUUAAAUGAAAAUACAAUCGAAACCUCUUUUUAUAUUUGCUGAAAAUCUAAUCAAAAUCCAUUGAGAUUCGAUGGUUAGAUUACAAGGGACGCUUUGAUAUAAUUUUGAAUCCAUCUCAUUUCUCCUUAUUUUACUUGUGACAGAAAAAAAAGAUUGUUGUAAGUUGGAAACUCACCAUAAUGAUGAUGAUUAUGGUGGUUUAUAGAUUACUAUUUUAAUUUGUCUACUUGAACCAAUUCCAUCGACAGUUAUAGAAUUAUCUGAAUAGAAAGAAAACAAGAAGAAAUUAAUAACUUAAAUUGAAACAAAUUGUAUGUAAAAAAAAUAAGACUUUUACAGCGAAUCUGUGAUAAUUUUAAAUUUUUAUAUUGUAACAAAAUAUUGUAAAAAAGGCAAAUAAUAUUCUAAUCCUAAAUGUGUAUGAUAACAGCAACUCUAGUCAAUAAGAGUAAUGCUGAUAUUCAUUAUGUCAAUAAACUGAAGAAGCCCAAUAA